AUGCCGCCGUCGACGCCGGCCAGCGGCGCGCGGCGCGACUGGGAGCCCGGCGUGCGCGUGCGCCGCAAGCUGGCCGGCGGCGGCGGGGACGCCACGCGCGCCAAGCCGCAGCCCUCUGUCCAGGACUCCGGCUUCAGCACGGAGACGUCCUGCGGGAAAGACGCGCACUCCUCGUCAGCAUCAGCGUCAGCCUCGGCCACGCGCUCGCGGCCGCUGGAGGACGAGUUGUGGGCGCUGCUCGACGUCAUCCAGCGCAAAGGCGUCCGUCUGCGAGACGAGGCCGAGCUUCUCCGAGGCGAGCUCGACGAGCGACAUUCCGCAGACACCGCGGAGGAAUCCUUCGCAAGAGCCCUGUCAGCCGCCGGCGGUUGCAGCGAGUGCGGCGACUUCCAACGUUUGCGCUGCGAGCGCGACGCGCUCCUCGCGCGAGCGGCCCAGCUCGAGGCCGAGGCGGCCCGAAGCCCCGCGUCGGCCCCGCGGACUCCCCUCGGCCGCCUGGACUCGGCGCUGGACACGCCCGCGCGGCCGCCACGCGUCGCCACGCCCGACUCCAAGAAGUUCGCGGCGAUUCUCCUCGAGAGCAAUCCCGUCGAACUGCAACGCCAGUUGCUGACGUCCACCGUUCAGAAUCAGGUGUUAGUUGACCGAUUGAAACGAGCGGCUGCGCAUCGGACGGUACUGCUAGAGAGGCUUGAGCGCGCGCGGGAUCUCAACGAAGACCUUAAAUUUAGGCUAGAGGAAAAGAGCAUAGAGCUGGAAGGAGCGCGCGCGCUCGUCCGCAAACUCGAGCGCGGACGUCGCAGCCCGAGCCCGCGCCACAGCAGCAUGCGAGACAUGGAGCCGCUGCCGAUACCGCGCGCCGCGUCCGCCGAACGCUUGUGCGAUACGCCGCGCCGACGUCCUUCACGCAUCCCACUCCACACGGCACAUAAAGGCGCAGCCCCCAGACCACCCCGUCCUGCCUCCCAGGGCUCCGUGCGAUCCGCCUCCUCAGCCCGCGGACGAAAGGAACCAAAGUCCGGAGUCCCCGUCCGCAGGUCACCGCCCGACAACAAGGUGCGCGCCCGCUCCUUCUGGAACUCCUGGUUCUUUAAAGAUUCCGGCUCGUGAGCCCCUAAC